UAUGUGUGUGUGCAUCCUACAUGCAUGGUGCAACGACUCUUUUUUCACCUGCAGUCGACUGAAAUAAACAUCAAAAUAGCUGCCGCCGUCAACAAGAAUUGCAACGAGAGAAAGGUUAUUUUUGUUUUUUUUGAAUCAAAUGGCAGGAGACAAGAAGCCAAUGAAGGCCAUCAGGGCCAAUCAGCUGGCUGCCAUGUUGCAAGGCCAGAAGGAGAAGAUGUUGGUCAUUGACUGUCGUCCUAAUGCUGACUACCACAACCUGCACGUGCUAAAUGCCGUCAACAUCUGUGCCACAAAGAUCACGCCUGAGAGAGAGUCACUUGCUGAACUCCUGCAGCCGAGCCCAACGGUGAUGAUAAAGGACCUACAGGUGAAGGAGCUGGUGCUGUAUGACCAAGAAACAAAAGAUGCGAAAUGUCCUCCAGCCACCGACAUCAUCACAAUCCUCCUGCGAAACCUGGAGAAACAAUUCAACAAUGUAUAUUUUCUUAAAGGAGGCUUUCUGGAGUUUUCCUCUUGUUUUCCCAGCUUGUGUGAAGGGAAAUCAAGCAAUUCCUUGCCCAGCAGCUUCUCACAGCCGUGUCUCUCCACGUGUGACAUGGGACCCACUCAGAUCCUCCCAUAUUUCUACUUGGGCUCCCAGAAUGAUGUUUUGAAUAAGGAAUUGAUGACUCAGAAUGGGAUAACCCACAUUUUGAAUGUGAGCAGUAACUGCCCAAAGCCCACAUUUAUCCCCGACAGCCAUUUCCUGCGGAUCCCAGUCAAUGACAGCUACUGUGAGAGUCUCUUACCUUGGCUGAACAAGUCUGUGGAAUUCAUAGACACAGUGCGGUCAAUGAAGUCUCGGGUUUUAGUGCACUGCUUGGCUGGGAUCUCGCGGUCUGCAGCAAUCGCUAUUGCUUACGUCAUGAGGACAAUGGAUUUCUCUUUGGACGAUGCUUACAGGUUUGUGAAAGACAGAAGACCCUCAAUUUCGCCGAACUUCAACUUCCUGGGCCAGUUAGUGGAGUAUGAAAAGACCAUCCUACAGAUCCAGGCUUCAGCCCAUACAGCACAAAACAUCCUUCAUCCUCAGAACAGCCCAACGCAAGAAGAAGCCAACCAGCCACACACUUGUGAAGACCCUGAGGAAGAUGCAGAGAUACCUGCCCCUCAUUUUCCAGCCUUGAACAUUCCAGCACAGCACAAGGAUCUUUUGGGUAAAGGAACUGACAGUGAUGCGAGCAGCAAUCGCAGAGAUCCAGAGAUGGCAGCCUUACAGCAGGGGUUCUCCGACCUUCGCCUCUCACCGGAGCAAAUAUCGCACACCAGCUGCUUGAAGCGCUCUUUCUCCCUGGACGUGAAGUCUGUCUACUCUUCAGACCCACACAUCGGAUGCUAUCAGACUGCACAGCCAGCGGAGACAGGCCCUGUCCCAAAGCUGCUGGGCUUUCAGAGCAAGUUGGUCACCAGUACCUUCAACCCAUUCACCCUCUUGUUCGGCAACGCCAGGAAAGGCCGCGGGAAAGACAGUGCCAUAUCCAAUGGAGGCCCACAGGCAUCGAAAGCCCAGCAGAAAUGUAGCUGUGUUGAGAAUGCCUCCCCUGUCACUGGGGCUGACCAAGGACCAAUGUGUUCACCUUGUGUGACUCGCCGGAAGGACGGUGGUCAGAAUGAUCCCACCGCAAGAGUGACACUGAGCUUGCCCAUCGCCAGGCAACCAUCGUCGCCGCUGCUCGAUUACAGCAGCUGCCUCAUAACAGUGCAUGGAAAGAGGACACAGUUAUCCCUGUUUGAACACCCUUACAGUGGCCCCACAGAUUGCAAGGCCAUCACACCCGAUCAUAUCACGAGGAACGUGGGCCUGUACGCUGACAAUGUGGUGAAAUCCUAAUCCUAAUUGUGAAAAUGAACAAGCACAUCCCAUGAUCUGUUCAGAUUGGAUUUGCUCCUUCUAAGAGGAAGGGUAGACAGGCCAAAGAACUUUGCACUUUCAGCCUGUUCUUUCUCUCUUUGGCCACAAAUGCCCUCUGCGGUAGGCCUCGGCUCACUUGAUCGUUACCAUUCCUGAGGCCCAUGUCAUAUUUCUCAGGCGUUUUACUGUUGCACCUGACUUCAGGGCAUUCUUUAAUCUGUUGAGAUGUUGCUAAGAACAGUACAUGGUCAAAAGGUGAACACUUUUGCAAAAACAGUGUCCAUAGGAAAAUAGUGAACAGACGUUUAACAGAACUUGAAUGAUUGGAUAGACCAUUGUUCCUCAAAUUGAAACUUAACAAUGGGGAACAAAAGACUAACUUGGAAUUAAGACUGAAUUUCUUCGAAAAACAGUUUAAAACUAAAAUUAUUUAUUGGGACACUGGUGACACUGGUCCUUACUGGUUGAUGUUAUUUUAAGGAUCAUGGUGCCAGGGGUUUAUUAAUCGUGAAGGGUUGGCAGAGGGGUACGUGUGGAUGCCAGUUCCUGAAGGGAACAUGAUGGUUUCUUUGCUGCUAAGGCCAUGGGAAUGUUCUGUGUUGAACUGGAGUUGCCAUGAGGGAACAAUAAAGAUGGGUAGACCUCCUUGAGUUUUA